UACUUGCAUAAAAGCUACUCUCUCUCUCUCUCUCUCUCUCUCUUUUUGACCAACAUAUUCAUCGAUGCUUGUUGUUCGAUGUUAAAAUGAAUUUCAAAUUUCAUCUACUUAAUACUCUCCGUAGUAUUCUUUUUUUUUCUUCUUUUUUAUCUAUCUAUCUCACUAAGCAUAAAUUCGAAUGUUCAGAAUGCGAGCCAAACUUCUACAUAUCGCGCAUCUUCACGUAUACAUUAUUCCAUAUUUCAGAUAGGCGAACACAAUGAUGUUGCUGAAAUUUAUUCUUUUAUUGCGCUUCAUGUACUCCGUUUAACAUUGUGAUAAUUGUUGAUAAUACAAUGUAUUGGCUAUAUACAUAUACAGCCAUCACAUAUGUGUAGAAACAUGCGGAAUACCGGUUCUGUAGCACUGGUUGUGGAAUAAUUUUACGCGCAUGAUGCAUUUUACCAUAGAUGCAUUCACGCUCUGUAUGUCGUAACAACACUUUGCUCCGCCAUUACAACUAAUUGGUAGCGCCUAUAAAUGAUGACGAUCUAUAGCACAAACCGUCAGUUCUUGUCGAACAUGCUUUGGCGGCUCUUCGGAUUUCUAAUAUUAGGCGUUUUCAUCGCCAUUUGUUCUUGCGAGCCUGUAAACAGAAAGCUUCUUCUAAAAACUUCGGAGAUAAUCGAGUGUAUUGACAAUGGAAAUAACACGUGUGGAACCAAUGAAACGUUUAAAACUUCCUCGUCCGAUCGCGAAAAUGAAACACAGAUUAGCAGAGACAUUAGACAAAAAUCCCUAGAUGACAAUAAUGUAGCUGAAGUUUCUGCUAGGAAGAAAGAUAAAAAAGGCAACAGAGUAUUAUUAUAUUUGUUUGCAGCUAUGAAAGCAGCAUUGAUUUACGGAUUGUUACAUGGAGUUGCAGCUCUCGCAGGAAAAGCAGUAGUAAUUGCCAAAAUAGCUUUAGCAAUUGCUAUUGCUGCAAUUCUAAAAAAGAAUGAUCAUGAAAGUGUUUCUUAUGAAGUAGUGAAACAUCCACAUACUAGCUAUGUACAAACCCAUAGUUCAAGCGUUGAUUACGAUCACCGUAGUGAUUACGGAGAUGAUCGUAGUGAUUAUGUCUAUGAAUAUCGAAAGCGACGGAUUCCUUGAUGAAAAUAGAUUUUAUGUGUUUUUUAAAUGGCAAAAAAAUAUCAUAUCGAAUAAAGUAAAUUAUUUAUU